AUGAAUCCGAUUAUUAUGAUAGAAAAAGAAUUAACAGAAACCGACGUUUCUCAAUAUGGUCGUUUGCGUUUGCCAAAAAAAAAAGUUAACAACAUAAUAGCAAUCACUAGAGUUCCAAUACCUCAUAGCGGUAUUCAAGUAGAAAUUGUGGACAAUAGCAAUUCAUAUUGGGUAAAUUUGAGACUGGACUCAACAGGUUAUUUUAUCGGAAGUGGGUGGAACCUUCUCAGAGAUGCAAGACAGCUCAAAGCAGGUGAUGUCAUCAGAUUAGACUGGCAAAAUUACAAAUUUACUUUU